CUAAGAUGAAAAUGCCCAAGUUCACCAUGCCUGGCUUCAAAGGAGAAGGCCCAGAAGUGGAUGUGAAUCUGCCCAAAGCUGACAUUGAUGUGUCAGGACCCAAGGUGGACAUUGAAGGCCCUGAUGUUAAUAUUGAAGGACCAGAGGGAAAGUUGAAAGGUCCUAAGUUCAAGAUGCCAGAGAUGAACAUCAAAGCCCCCAAGAUCUCCAUGCCUGACAUUGAUUUUAAUCUGAAGGGCCCCAAAGUGAAGGGUGAUGUGGAUGUGUCUUUAACAAAAGUGGAAGGUGAGCUUAAAGUUCCUGAAGUUGACAUGAAAGGCCCCAAAGUGGACAUUGAUGCUCCAGAUGUGGACGUUCAUGGCCCAGACUGGCACCUGAAGAUGCCCAAGAUAAAAAUGCCCAAGAUCAGCAUGCCUGGCUUCAGAGGAGAGGGCCCAGAAGUGGAUGUGAACCUGCCCAAGGCUGACAUAGAUGUCUCAGGACCCAAGGUGGACAUUGAUGCCCCAGAUGUGAAUAUUGAAGGUCCAGAUGUGAAACUGAAGGGUCCCAAGUUCAAGAUGCCAGAGAUGAAUAUCAAAACUCCUAAGAUAUCGAUGCCAGAUUUGGACCUUAAUCUUAAAGACCCUAAAAUGAAAGGAGAGGUAGAUAUUUCACUUCCAAAUGUAGAAGGUGAUUUGAAAGGACCUUCUCUUGACAUCAAAGGCCCGAAGAUAGAUGUAGAUGCACCAGAUAUUGACAUUCACGGCCCAGAAGGCAAAUUAAAAGCUCCAAAGCUGAAGAUGCCUGAUAUGCAUGUAAACAUGCCCAAGAUCUCCAUGCCAGAAAUUGACCUGAAUUUGAAAGGCUCAAAACUUAAGGGAGAUGUUGAUGUUUCUGGACCCAAAUUGGAAGGUGACAUUAAAGCUCCCAAGUUAGAUGUAAAGGGCCCAGAAGUGGACAUUUCUGGUCCUAAGCUCAAUAUUGAAGGCAAGUCAAAGAAAUCUCGUUUUAAGCUUCCCAAAUUUAAUUUUUCAGGCUCCAAAGUUCAGACACCUGAGGUAGAUGUCAAAGUCAAAAAGCCAGAUAUUGAUGUAACAGGUCCAAAAGUUGACAUUAAUGCUCCCGAUAUUGAGGUCCAAGGAAAAGUGAAAGGAUCCAAGUUCAAAAUGCCUUUCUUGAGUAUUUCGUCUCCUAAAGUGUCUAUGCCUGAUGUGGAGUUAAACCUGAAAGGUCCUAAAGUCAAAGGAGACUUAGAUGUUGCAGGUCCUAAUUUAGAAGGUGAUUUUAAAGGACCCAAAGUGGACAUUAAGGCACCAGAAGUUCAUCUUGAUGCACCUGAUGUGGAUGUUCAUGGUCCAGACUGGAAUUUGAAAAUGCCCAAGAUGAAAAUGCCCAAGUUCAGUGUGCCCGGCUUAAAAGCAGAAGGGCCAGAUAUGGCUGUGGAUCUGCCAAAAGGAGAUAUCAACAUAGAGGGUCCCAGAAUGGACAUUGAGGGCCCAGAAAUCAAUGUGGAAGGUCUAGAGGGAGGCUUAAAAGGUCCCAAAUUCAAGAUGCCUGAUACGAAUAUCAAAGCUCCCAAGGUCUCCAUGCCUGAUGUGGACUUACACUUGAAAGGCCCCAAAGUCAAAGGGGAUGUGGGUGUGUCUGUGCCCAAGAUAGAAGGUGAAAUGAACGUGCCAGGUGUGGACAUCAGAGGGCCCAAAGUGGACGUUGAUGUCCCAGAUGUGGAUGUUCAAGGCCCUGACUGGCACCUGAAGAUGCCCAAGGUGAAAAUGCCCAAGUUCAGCAUGCCUGGCUUCAAAGGAGAGGGCCCCGAAGUGGAUGUGAACCUGCCCAAAGCUGACAUUGGUAUUUCUGGCCCCAAAGUGGGCAUUGAUGCCCCAGAUGUGAAUAUUGAAGGUCCAGAUGUGAAACUGAAGGGCCCCAAAUUCAAGAUGCCAGAGAUGAAUAUCAAAGCUCCCAAAAUGUCCAUGCCUGACCUUGACUUUAACCUGAAGGGCCCCAAACUAAAGGGUGAUGUGGAUGUGUCUUUGCCAAAAGUGGAAGGUGACCUCAAGGCCCCUGAGGUGGACAUCAAGGGCCCCAAAGUGGACAUUGAAACUCCUGAUAUUAACAUUGAAGGCCCAGAGGGGAAAUUGAAGGGGCCCAAAUUCAAGAUGCCAGAGAUGCACCUGAAGGCACCCAAGAUCUCCAUGCCUAACAUUGAUUUAAACCUGAAGGGGCCCAAGGUGAAGGAUGAUAUAGAUGUUACCCUUCCCAAGACUGAAGAAGAUCUGAAAGGCCCUGAGAUCGACAUCAAAGGUCCCAAAGUGGACAUUGAUGCUCCAGGUGUGGAUGUUCAAGGCCCAGACUGGCACCUGAAGAUGCCCAAGAUAAAAAUGCCCAAGAUCAGCAUGCCCGGCUUCAAAGGAGAGGGGCCAGAAGUGGAUGUGAACCUACCCAAGACCAACAUUGACAUGUCAGGACCCAAGGUGGACAUUGAAGGCCCUGAUGUUAACAUUGAAGGACCUGAGGGAAAGUUGAAAGGUCCUAAGUUCAAGAUGCCAGAGAUGAACAUCAAAGCCCCCAAGAUCUCCAUGCCUGACUUUGAUUUGCACCUGAAAGGUCCUAAGGUGAAAGGAGAUCUGGAUGUUUCUCUGCCUAAGGUGGAAGGUGACCUAAACGCCCCUGACGUUGACCUCAAAGGCCCCAAAGUGGAUAUUGAUGCCCCAGAUGUGGACAUGCAUGGCCCAGACUGGCACCCGAAGAUGCCCAAGAUAAAAAUGCCCAAGAUCAGCAUGCCUGGCUUCAAAGGAGAGGGCCCUGAAGUGGAUGUGACCCUGCCCAAGGCUGACAUUGACGUCUCAGGACCCAAGGUGGACAUUGAUGUUCCAGAUGUGGAUAUUGAAGGUCCAGAUGCGAAACUGAAGGGCCCCAAGUUCAAGAUGCCAGAGGUGAACAUCAAAGCCCCUAAGAUCUCCAUGCCUGGCAUUGACUUUAACCUGAAAGGACCCAAAGUAAAGGGAGAUGUGGAUGUUUCUCUGCCUAAGAUGGAAGGUGACCUCAAGGGCCCCGAAGUUGACGUCAA